AUCCCUUGUUCACAAGAUCCAUCGCUACAAUCUCUACAUUUGGCCACUUGUUCAUUCCACCCCUCCUCUUCUUCUCACUACAGCACUGCAUUCCUUCAUCCACUUUGUCCAGACAGCAAGCUAUGAGUAGCAGCUCGCAUAGCACUCAUUCCUCUUCCAAUGUGGUUGGCGUACACUACCGUGUUGGCAAAAAGAUUGGCGAGGGAAGUUUCGGUAUCAUUUAUGAAGGCAUCAAUUUGCUGAACAAUCAGCAGGUUGCUAUCAAAUUUGAACCACGAAAGAGUGACGCCCCACAACUUCGUGAUGAAUACCGAACCUACAAGAUCUUGGCGGGAUCAACCGGCAUCCCAAAUGCAUAUUACUUUGGACAGGAAGGUCUACAUAAUAUCCUGUGUAUCGACUUGCUAGGGCCUUCACUAGAAGACCUCUUUGAUAUGUGUGGCCGUAAAUUUACAAUCAAGACUGUCGUGAUGCUCGCUAAACAGAUGCUUUACCGGAUUCAAACCAUCCACGAAAAGAAUUUAAUCUACAGAGACAUCAAACCGGACAAUUUCCUGAUCGGAAGACCACAUACAAAAAAUGCAAACUUGGUACAUGUCGUUGACUUUGGUAUGGCGAAGCAAUACCGUGAUCCCAAGACCAAGCAGCAUAUUCCUUACCGUGAGAGAAAGAGUCUUAGUGGAACAGCCAGAUAUAUGAGCAUCAAUACGCAUUUAGGCCGAGAACAAUCACGACGUGAUGACCUGGAGGCAAUGGGCCAUGUGUUCAUGUACUUCUUGCGGGGCGGUCUUCCUUGGCAAGGAUUGAAGGCUGCAACAAACAAACAAAAAUAUGAAAAGAUCGGAGAAAAGAAGCAGACCACGCCAAUCAAAGAGCUUUGUGAAGGCUUUCCUGAGGAAUUUGGCAUCUACUUGAACUAUGUCAGGAAACUCUCAUUUGAAGAGACCCCAGAUUAUGACUUCUUGAGAGACUUGUUCACAAAGGCUCUAAAGAGCAUGAAUGAGGUUGAAGAUGGUGUGUAUGACUGGAUGCUUCUCAACAACGGUAAAGGUUGGGAAUCUGAGAUUGAUGUAAGUGGCACCUGUAUAGGCAAUUGAUGUGACGUAGAUUUUCGAGUAGAAAAAAUCUGCAGGUUCUUUUAAUGGUCUUGUAACAUUCGAAACAUUCACGUCAAUACUUAACUUUUAGGGAAUGGGCGAUGUUUAUCGCGACAACGGACAUAUACCAAGUGCAUCGCAGCAAUAUUCAUCCAAUCCGUUACACCCUUCUGGUCAUAAUCACG